GGCAUCCCACCAAGGUCCUCUUCUAGAGAGGCUACCUAAGGUGUUCGGCCUAGAAGCACCUAGAAGCAGCGGCCGCGAUGGAGUGAACGUUACGUUUUUCUCAUUUUCUCUUUAAAUAUAACAAAAAAAUGUGUUGUUUUUUUUGUUCUUCCUCAGGCUCCUCGCCCCACAUCGUUCCCACUCAUAACCAUGUUGUGUUCCUCCACGCCUGAGCCCUUGCUGCCGGAACCGGCGGUUAGUUCUCCGGGCUUCACGUGCCGGGGCAUUCAUAAUUUGCUCAGGAAAGCCCCACCGUACACGGAGGCCAAGCUGGAGCUGCUGAGGAAGCUGAGGAGCCCCCGUGAAGGAGACCUGCCUCCCUCACCCACCAUGGGCUAUAUGACUUGGUUGGAGAUCAGCAAUUUGCCCCCGCUUCUUCCGUUGCGCCCGGACAAGCCCUAUGACAGCGCCGUGUGGAGGACGCUGACUGUCGCCUCAUCGAGACCGACCUGCGUAGGGCCCGUUCCACCUCCUUCCCGAAUGGAGGAGAACACCUGGGGCAAGUUUAUGAGGACCAAAGGAGUCCACAAAGAAGGGAAGGAGACGCGGUCUUUACUAAUGCGCAGCCUGGCCAGAGUGCCCCAGACAGAUUGUCAAGGAAACAUUCUCCCACCCCAGGGCUUUAAAAGACACCCAACACGAACUUCAACAUCCACCGCUGGCUCUACAUUUUGCUAUUUUGCUCCUCCAAAGCAGACUGGUAUUUGCUCUCCGCAGCAUCCUCGCUCGCCCCGCAAAGCGACCCCGGGAAGCAACCCCCCGAAUUACAGAGACAUCCUGCAGAGGUACCGGGAGCUACAGGGGGCCGCACGGAGCCUGGUUCCCUUUAAUAGCAGAAUGCCCACGCCGAGGACAGCGGCCCAGGAGACCAAAGGCGGAACGGCACCGGCCCACGAGGGCCAAAAGACUCUCAGCAACUCAGUCAUCAUUUAUACAGCAUAAAAGAAAACUAAAG